AAUUCGACUGAGCCGCCAGCGCCGUUGCCGGUGAACGGUUCGCAGCCGACGACUGGCUCAAGCACGACGAACGGCACGUCUCCCGUCUUCGCUCCGUGCGCUCUAUACAACCGUGGUUUCUUUGCUGAUGUUGUCAGUUGGACUGCAUAUCUCGAGAGGUCGUCCUGUCGCCCUGCCAGACUAUCGACAACACAACAUGCGUCUGCAACGACCAAGGGUUCUACAAGCAAGUGGAGAAAUGCAUCAUGGCGGGAUGCACUCCACGAGAAGGAAUUGGUGAGCAGGACAACAUCCCUCUUCCUUCCCGAACGCCAUUCCCUCGUGCUUAUGCGCUGCACAACAGCUACGCAGAAGGCCAAGGCGGAUUACUGUCACGACCCCGUUCGCUCGCAAGUAAAAAUGCUCUACGGACUUCGUUCGCUAGAGAUAGCCGCCUGGUUUCUGGUUUUGUUUCGAUUUUACGCUCGCUGGGCUACACGAUUACGAUACGGGUGGGACGACUAUCUCUUUUUCGUUCAAGAACCGCUCUACUUACUGCAGCUGGGACUUACGAAAAUUUCCAUCCUAUUUUUGUACUUGCGAAUCUUCCCCGGCCGACGCUUCAAAAGAAUCACAUACGCCUUUAUCAUCUUCGUCGCCGGCACCACGGCUGCCCUUGUUGGCGGAUCCAUCGUCGAAUGCUGGCCCAUUGGAUAUUUCUGGGAGGCAUGGAAUACAGAAUAUCUGAUCCACACCACCAAAUGUCUCAACUUGACGGCGGCGGUGUUUGUCGCUGCGGGAGCUUCCAUAUUUCAAGACAUCGUUAUGAUUAUUCUUCCCAUACCGCCCUUGCUAAAAACGCAACUACCAAGAAAGGACAAGAUAGGAGUCUCUAUCAUGUUCAUUCUUGGUCUCCUCAUCACUGGCGCAAGUUGCUUUCGCAUGCAAUAUAUCAACGUCGCAUACUCACCCAAUCCUUUUUGGGACUUUGAGCCAGCCUUGCUUUGGUCUCUUGUCGAACUUGCGAUGUCUUUCCUCGUCACAAUGGGCCAAGUGGGCACAUGCAAAGCAAUGGACGAUCCCGUUUUAGGACUGCGCUGGCAGGAAGAGGGCAAAGAAGAGGAAACAACAACCUGA